CUGGGCCAAGUCCUGGAGUUCAUGUACACCGCGCGGCUGAACCUGAGCCGGGAGAACGUGGAGGAUGUACUGGCCGUGGCUGGGUUCCUGCAGAUGCAAGAGAUUGUCAAUGCCUGCACCGCCCUGAAAUCGCUCAGUAUAACCGCGGUGCAGGCUGCGCAUGGCUUGGAGGCGCUCUCUUCCGGACAAGCAGACGUCCUACAGGCAGAGUGUGAUGCCGCCAGUGACCUGGAGACCAGUGACCGAGAGCCAGCUGUGUACCCGCAGGAUGAGACGGGGGGUGGCACCUGUGAGGAGGGCGGCAUUGUUGGAGAGCCAGGGCCCCAAGAGGCGGAAGGAAAGGAGCCUGAGACCAGUCCCCUACAGGAGCCAGUACUAUCGGCCUCAGAUGGAGAUGCUGAUAAUAGACAGGCGAAACUGGGCGAUUUGUUGAGUUCGGCAGCCUGGUCACCAACUUCUCAAGAGAAGAAUGAGGACCAACAAGUGACGGAACCACAGGCUAAAGAGCAAGAGAUGUCCAGUGAGCCGCCGCAGGAGGCAGUCAGAGAGAACCCUACGGAGAGGAUCUCAGAAAACGUAACAGACCAGGACGAUGAGGGUUUGUGUGCGCCAGAGCAUGAGAACAACCAGGAGAACGAUGAGACCAUGGAUGAUGCCAGAAUGGAGAAUGAAGACUCUGUGGAUGAAAAUGUGUCCUCUACGGAAAACACUGCCCAGGACACCUCAGGGGCUCUGCGUCAGCUGCGCUCCUCAACCAUGAAUUAUGCUGAUCGCACAGAAUCCCGUCAGUACAGCGCCACUACCCAUGUGUGUGAGUUCUGUAAUAAGGAAUUCACCCACACCGGUAACUACACCCGUCACAUCCGUAUACACACCGGGGAGAAGCCGUACCACUGCCAGGAGUGUGACAAGGCUUUCUCCGACCCCGCGGCCUGUAAAGCCCAUGAGAAGACGCACAGCCCAUUGAAGCCUCACGGCUGUGACGACUGUGGUAAGAGCUAUCGGCUGGUCAGUCUGCUGAACCUGCACAAGAAGCGGCACAUCGGGGAACCCAAUUACUACUGCAAGGUCUGUUGCAAACACUUCACCACAUCGGGUAACCUCAAGAGGCACCAGCUGGUCCACAGCGGAGAGAAGCCGUACCAGUGCGAGUACUGCAACCGCCCCUUCUCUGACCCCACCUCCAAGAUGCGGCAUCUAGAGACGCACGACACCAACAAGGAGCACAAGUGCCCCCACUGCGACAAGAAGUUCAACCAGCUGGGGAACCUGAAAGCUCAUAUGAAGAUCCACAUUGCGGACGGGCCGCUGAAGUGCAGAGAGUGCGGGAAACAGUUUACCACCUCAGGGAAUCUGAAGAGACAUCUGCGGAUCCACAGUGGAGAGAAGCCGUAUGUGUGUGUCCACUGCAAGAGGAAAUUUGCUGACCCGGGGGCCUUACAGCGGCAUGUGCGGACCCACACGGGGGAGAAGCCGUGUGUGUGCAUGAUCUGUGGGAAAGCGUUUACUCAGGCAAGCUCGCUGAUCGCCCAUGUCCGCCAGCACACGGGGGAGAAGCCAUAUGUAUGUGAGCGCUGUGGAAAGAGGUUUGUUCAGUCCAGUCAACUCGCCAAUCACAUCCGACACCACGACAACAUCCGCCCUCACAAGUGCAAAAUAUGCAGCAAGGCUUUCGUCAACGUGGGCGACCUGACCAAGCACAUCAUCAUUCACACCGGGGAAAAGCCGUACCUGUGCGACAAGUGCGGCCGAGGCUUCAACCGAGUGGACAAUCUGCGUUCUCACGUAAAGACGGUACACAAGGGCAAGGCAGGCAUGAAGAUGGUGGACAGGGAGGAGGGCGAGGUGGACGAGGAGGAGGUGAAUAUUGUGACGGUGGCCUCUGAUGAGAUGGUGACGCUGGCAACAGAGGAUAUCGCCGACGCGGGUGUUACAGAGCUGACCGUGGUUCCGAUCUCGGCCUCGGUCACAGCAGAUGAGACAGAAGCACUUAAAGCCGAGAUCACCAAGGCGGUGAAACAGGUGCAAGAAGCGGACCCAAACACGCAGAUUCUGUACGCCUGCGACUCCUGCGGAGACAAGUUCCUGGACGCCAGCAGCCUUGCGGAGCACGUCCGGAUGCACACAGCCCAGGCACUGGUCAUGUUCCAGUCGGACACUGACAUUUAUCAGCAGUACAAUGCCCAGACCACGUGGCACACGGAGCAGGUGAUUCAGUCCGGCGAGCUCCUCUUCCGGCACCGGGAAGGGACAGACGUUCAGCCGCAGCCGAUGGAAUGCCAGAAUCCUGCCGAGUGACCGUUCCUCGGUGCAGGAUGCUGGGAGGACCGUGCGGACGCGGGAUGGGGGAAUGUUCUCCAACGCUCCAGCUAAUUCCGCAGAGAUGUAAACUUGUAUUUGUGAUAAGUUAUGGCCUGUACCAGCGCCCUUAUGUGUUAAAUAAAUAUUAUUUUUUAA